CUCGGCCGGGUGCAGUCCUCCGAGCUGCUGGCGCUGCAGGAGCGUUUGCUGCGGCGACUACAGGCCGACCCCAGCCCCCAAGCCCCGUCGGUUGCUGAGGCGGGCACGCUCCUGCUCUGCGAGCCAGCGGGGCCUGCGUACACCGGCGGGCUGCGCGGUGGGCUGACGCCUGAGGAAACUGCGCGGCUGCGGGCCUUAGGCGCCGAGGUGCACGCCACAGGACGCGGCGGCCUGGCCACCUUCCACGGACCCGGCCAGCUGCUCUGCCACCCUGUUCUCGACCUGCGGCGCCUCGGCCUGCGCCUGCGCACUCACGUGGCGGCGCUGGAGGCCUGCGCAGUGCGACUGUGCGAGCUGCAGGGCCUGCGCGGCGCCCGCGCGCGACCCCCGCCCUACACUGGUGUCUGGCUGGCGGAGCGCAAGAUCUGCGCCAUAGGAGUCCGUUGUGGAAGACACAUAACAUCCCAUGGCCUGGCUCUAAACUGUUCUACGGACCUCACGUGGUUUGAGCACAUUGUGCCCUGUGGACUGGUUGGGACAGGAGUCACUUCGCUGAGUAAGGAGCUGCAGAGGCUUGUCACUGUGGGUGAAGUAAUGCCACCUUUCCUUGUGGCCUUCAAGGAGACUUUCAAGUGCACACUGAUCUCAGAGGACAGCCCAAACUGAAGAGCAUUUGUUUCCCUUAGUCCAGCCAGGAUGGUCCUGUGGUAGAAGGCACCAAGUCUGAGUACAGUCACCCGAAGCCGAUUCUAGAACUGCUGUGUAAUUUUACUGACGUGAGACCACAGACAGAUCAUGAGCUCUGAGCUAUUGCUUGUGUUCCCCCCAUCUACCUCAGGGAUGCUAGAUGUGAAAACACUAUGAAAAGCCUUGUACUACAUAAAGCUUUAUCACGACCCUGGUUUCUCACCUGAGAGAAACUCCAGUGUCAUGAACUGUCACUUCUCAGUUCCUUUUAACUUCCUCAGUGCUACAUCUAAUUGAGCAAUUUUGGUCUCUGAAUCCUUUGAGUUUUAGAAGAUCAGAUCUCUGAGUGGCCCAGGUGAAAAUGAUGUGAUAUACUAUUUUCAUUCUCAGUAGGCCCUGGUGCUUUCUUCAAUAAAUGGAAAAGCUUCUUCAAAGGUUGAAUCCCCCAAGUUUUAUACCUUACCUGUUUUUGCUUGAGUUAGCAUGAAGUAGGCCAGAAAAAACGAGAAUGAUUUCUCCUUCCACAGAGAUGCUAUGGCGAUAAGAUUUUCAUGCAUGAGAUCCCUAGGUUUGUAAGAAUGCCUGUUAGCUCUUGCUCAUUGUUUGUGGAUCAGGAAUUUGGGAGCAGCUUAUCUGGAUUAGACUCUUACAUGAGCUUGCCUUAAAGGUGUCAACUCUCGUUGGAAGGCUUAACUGGAGGACAGCUUCCAAGAUGGGUCACUCCAUCUAGCUUAGUUGUUUCUAGUUGUUGACAGGAGGCCUCAGUUCCUUACUGUGUGGGCUCUACUGUAGGGCUGCUUGUAUGUUCUCAUGACAGGCACAGGCUUCUCAGAGCAAGUGAUGUUAGAGAGGACAAGCUAGGCACUACCAUGAUCUAACUUUGAAAGUCACAUGAUCCUUUCUGUAUUAUUCUUACAAGUGAGCCUUAUUUAGUGUGGAAGGGACCACAUAGGAGCUGCAAGAGGUGACGAUCUGGUGGAGCCAUCUUGGUGACUGGCUCUCAUAGCCUGUUAAAGAGCUGUGACUGAGACCCUGGUGCCAGCCUUGGCACUUUGGAAAAGUCAUUUUCUCUCUCUGGGCUUCAGUUUCCACUUAGACCAGUGCUGUUCACUAGAAACAUAAUAGGAACUGUAUUUUAAUUUGACAUUUUCUAGGAAC